UCACGAUAAUAUCCUGGGAGUACCAGGUGCUUGACUUGGUCAGGGAGAGGCAGAGCAUGAUCAUCGUGAGCAUGGAUUUGCUGGAAAGCGUCUGCCCCAGGCCGAAAGGUGAUUUCCCAUUGGAUCCUUCUUUGGCAAACUACACUAGCAGUGACGUGAAUGCGACAGUGCUGUUUGAUUGUCCGGAGGAACAAAAACUUUUUUGUUUAUCAGUUCAAUUGCUCCACGAAUGGAGAUUGCCGAGCUGGCUACUUAGCCUUUAGUCAGCAGUACGCUGACCUCCUGGCUCAGAGCUGCGAGGUGGGACAGGAGAACAUAGCCCUAGUACCGGUCCUGAAAUCAUCAGUAUCAGAUCUCCUAAGCAAUACGAGCAGUGCCGAUCAAGUCUUGCAAGAGGGCUUCGGGCCUUUGAGGUUAGCUGGGCCCUGGACAUGGAAGAUUGUAUGAAUUGCGUCAGCAAAGGGGGAAGGUGUGCGCACAACACGACUAUGUGCGAGUUCACUUGCCUCUGCCCUGACGGGGUUCAUCAAAGAACAUGUUCCUCCCAUAGCUAUAACGUUCCUACGAAUAAUCUAGCCUCAUUUCCUGAAGCUCCAUCAAGUAUGUCUUGCUCUUGUCUUAACUUCUGAAAACCGUUACUCUUUAUGGUUUCAAGUAUGUAAUUAACUGCUUCUUAAAGGACUAGUGUUUGCACGGAGUAGAAAAUAAGAAAUAAAAAGAGAUCAAAAGUCCACUGGCGAGAAUCGACUAUUUUCGAAUGUAAACAUGUACCCGUGCUACUAAAGUACACCCCAUCUAGUCUGAAAGCAAACUUGAAAGAUAGUAGGUUUCUGGAACAGUUAUUGGUCGCAUUUUGAUAAUUCAUUGACAAAUAAUCCCCAAAGUCAACUCUAGGAUUGGUACGUUUCCAAUAAAUCAAACUUGAUUCCAACCUCCCAUUUCCUCACAUACUUUAUAUUUAUCCCCACGCAUAAAAGCCCUGAUUUCUUACCAAGUCAAGCAUUAGCUAUAUAGUGGUUGAGACACAUGAAAUCAUCCUUCAAAAAGCUUCCUCCAUUUCCCAUUUUCCCCAGCCUUCUUUCACUCCUUUCAUGUUUCUCAUCAUCCUCCCGACAAAAUCUCCGUUAGAAUGAGCCCUCUUCCAUGGCCCUUCCUCAUCUCAAUGAUCAUUACCUGCACCCUCCUAGUCGGCUUCCCGGGGCAGGUACAGGGCUUCGAUGAGCUGUACUCGAAUUGUAGUGAUUUCAGCUGCGGGAAACUUGGGAAUAUCACCUAUCCUUUCCGGGAAAUCAGCCAAGCAAUUUACUGCGGAUAUCCUGGCUACGAGGUCGAAUGCGUUGGAGAUGUCAACCUCACGAUCAUGAUAAUGUCCUGGAAGUAUCUGGUGCUCGACAUAGUCUGGGAGACGCGGAGCAUGACCAUCGUGAGAAUGGAUUUGCUGGAAAGCGUCUGCCCCCUGCAGGAUGGUGCUUUCACAUUGGAUCUGUCUCUGGCAAACUACACUAGCAGAGACGUGAAUGCGACCGUGCUGUUCGAUUGCAACCCGAGUGACAAACUAGAACCUUUCAUUUAUCAUUUCAAUUGCUCCAUGAAUGGAGAUAGCCGAGCUGGAUACUUAGCCUUUAAUCAGCAGUAUGCCGACCUCCUGACGAAGAACUGCGAUGUGGGACCAGACAGCAUGGCUUUAGUGCCGGUCCUGAAAUCAUCGGUUUCGGAUCUCCUGAGCAAUACGAGCAGUGCCGAUCAAGUAUUGAAUAAAGGUUUUGAGGUUGUGUGGACCCUAGACAUGGAAGAUUGCACGACUUGUCAGGGUGACAUGGGAAGGUGCGCACAUAACAUGACUACAAACGAGUUCAUUUGUCUCUGCCCUGAUGGAGUUCAUCAAACAACAUGUUCCUCCUACUCCGUUCCUACAGAUGAUCCAGCCCCAGUCCCUGAAGCUCCACCAACUAAACAUACGUCCGUCGGGCUGAAAGUUGCAAUAGGAGUUGGAGCAGGAGUUGGAACAGCUAUUAUACUAGUAGGACUUUUCUUAUUCCUUCGGCAUCGCAACAGAAGAAAAUCGGGUCAUCAUUCCUAUGUGGUAUCGAGAAGCAUGUCCUCUGCCUUCUCAUCUAGGACGGAUUUCGAGAAGGGAGGUCUGUAUUGUGGUCUGCCCAUCUUUGAUUAUGAAGAGCUUCGAGAUGCCACGAACAAUUUUGACCAACAAAAAGAACUCGGUGACGGAGGCUUUGGCACUGUUUUUCACGGCAAACUCAAAGACGGGCGUGAAGUUGCAGUCAAGCGCUUGUAUGAGAACAACUACAAGAGAGUCGAGCAGUUCAUGAAUGAGGUUGAGAUUUUGGCCCGACUGCGCCACCCGAACCUGGUCAUUUUAUAUGGGUGCACUUCUAGGCAGAGCCACAGGCUUCUCCUCGUGUACGAAUAUGUGCCCAAUGGAACAGUUGCUGAUCAUCUCCAUGGCGAUCUAGCCAAACCGGGUUCUCUCCCAUGGUCCACACGGUUGAACAUUGCAAUUGAGACCGCUAGCGCUUUGGUUUAUCUCCACGCAUCUGAUAUUAUCCAUCGUGAUGUGAAGACAAACAAUAUCCUCCUUGAUGAGAAUUUCUCCGUGAAGGUUGCUGAUUUUGGGCUCUCACGCCUUUUCCCAUUUAAUGUCACCCACGUCUCGACCGCUCCUCAAGGUACACCGGGAUAUGUGGACCCAGAGUACCACCAGUGCUACCAGUUGACGGAAAAGAGCGAUGUGUACAGCUUCGGGGUGGUCUUGAUGGAACUGAUAUCUUCCUUGCCAGCUGUUGACAUCAUGAGGCACAGGCACGAGAUCAACCUGUCGACCAUGGCGGUCAACAAAAUCCACACCGGCGCACUACAUGAGCUCGUGGAUCCUAACCUUGGAUUCGAAUCAAACUGUGAUAUGAGAAAGAUGAUAACAGCUGUUGCAGAGUUGGGGUUCCAGUGCUUGCAGAAUGCCAAGGAGAUGAGACCUUCCAUGGCCGAGGUUCUCAGGACUCUCACUGACAUACAGAAGCAAGAUAGUGAUGGGGAAAAGAAGGCAGAGGAGAACGACGACGCUGUUCUGUUGAAGGCCAACCCAAUGGUGCUUUCACCCGAUUCUGUCGCGGUCAAAUGGGUUAGCACGUCCACAACACCUAAUGCAAGCAGUUAAUCAGUUAAUCUUUUUGGUUGUAAAUUCCAAGCAUGGAUAGGUAAAUAUGUAGAUGAGUAACAUGCGUAGGUGAGAAAAAAGAAGGAUCAGAGCAUCCUGUUAUCUUGUUAUUCUUUCCUAUUUACGCCAUACUGAGGUCUCUAUAUAGUAUGAAAAAUGAUCAUUUUCUUAUCGAGUUUUGAUUUUCGAGAA